AUGAAAUUCAAGAUAUUUGAUGGCAUUAUUGAUAUGUUAAAUCAAAAUGAUAAUGAAAUAAAGGAAUCGAAAGAAAAAAUUAAAAAACUUCAAGACGAAUUAAAAGCAUAUCAGACCCAAACACAAAAUCUCAAUGAUUCUAAAGAAAAAAUUAAAAAACUUCAAGACGAAUUAAAAGCAUAUCAGACCCAAACACAAAACCUCAAUGAUUCUAAAGAAAAAAUUAAAAAACUUCAAGACGAAUUAAAAGCAUAUCAGACCCAAAUACAAAACCUCAAUCAUUCGAAAGAGAUAUUAAUCAAAAUCUCUGAGAUUAAGAAAUCUAAUAACUUUGAAAGCGCUUACAAAUUUCUUGACGAACUUUCUGCGGAAGGAAAUCAGGAAAUGAUGUUAAUUGCAUGUAAUGAAGGACUUUGGAAAAUGACAACAAAAGAUAAUAACAAUGUACUUCAUGUUGCAAGCGAAAAAGGAAAUCUUCGGCUUAUCAAAUUUCUCAUCGAAUGUAAUUGCGAUAAAGAUACAAAAGAUAAAGAUGAUACUACUCCACUCAUUUAUGCAUCAUUCUAUGGAUAUCUUGAAGUUGUUAAAUAUCUUAUCUCAGUUGGAGCUAAUAAAGAAGCUAAGGAUACUUGGAGACAAACUCCACUCAUUUUAGCAUCAGUUCAAGGUCAUCUUGACGUUGUUAAAUAUCUUAUCUCAGUUAGAGCUAAUAAAGAAGCAACGAAUUAUUAUGGAUGGACUCCACUCAUUUUUGCAUCAGUUAAAGGUCAUCUUGAAGUUGUUAAAUAUCUCAUCUCAGUUGGAGCUAAUAAAGAAGCAAAGGAUAAUGAUGGAAAAACUGCACUGAUGCUUGCAUCAGCUAAAGGCUAUCUUGAAAAUGUUAAAUAUCUCAGAUAA